UUUACUGAUAAAGAGACGAGCCAAUCGUGCGUACGAGAGGCGCGGCGCAUGGCGCACAUUUUAGCAUCGGAUGAUCGAUCGAUUUUUCCGUGAAUAGCAUUAUGCAAAUCCGUCUUUACGUAUGGCGUGCAGCAACCAAAGCACACGUAUGUGUUUAGUGCCUCCCUCGUUCUCGCAGAGUCGUCCGUGUUCGCACUUGUGUCUUGCUCGUCGGGCCGUUUCACGGGACGAUAGCAGCGGUGAGCAGCUGGUAGUCGGGUCGUCGCAUUAUGUCUAUUGUCGAUAAAAUUUCCCACUACCAACGCAACUUGGAGAACUGCGCCGACGACGAGGAUCGGAUAUUGCAUUACAUUUCGAAGUUGUAUAAGCUACCUGUGACAGUGCAGCAUCUUCAGCAAACGGGAGUGGGAAGGACCGUGAACAGUCUGAGAAAAUACAAUGACACUGUGGGCGAUGCUGCCAAGUCUCUGGUCUUUAAAUGGAAGAACAUGGUGGCAGAUGACAGAGGGGAUUCCAGUGACAAGGAAGACGAGGAUGAGGCUUGUGUGAUUGACGAUAAUAUUGAUGACCACAAGUCCCCGAAAGCAGAGGACAUGGAGGAAAGUGACUCUUCGUCUGAUCAACAGUCAGAAUCAAAAUAUACACAUAGACAUAAGGAAAACGAGAGCAAACUGUCUGCGAAACAUAGUGUAGUUCAUUUGUCCAAGUCGAAGUUAGAGGAGAAGCAAGAGCUGCAUGGGCAAAGUAGGCAUUCUUCCAAAUAUCAUUUGCAUAGCGAAAAAAAGUCCAAAGAGUCAAAGAGCAGUAAAAGUAGUAGCCUGGACAAAGAAGCUCACAGCUCGAAGCUUGGCAAGAAUGACAGUUCGAAGAAAGUUAAUGAUAAAACUGAUCAGAUUAACGAGGACAAUAAUAGGAAGAGAAAGGUGGGCGACUCUAGUUCUCUAAUGAAGGAAUACAAGAAGCGGAAGCAAACGGAUGGUAAAAAAGAUGAUGAAAAAUCUCACCAAACGUCUAUUUCGGAACACAGUCGUUCCCACUUAAAAUCUUCUGGAAUUCAGAUAGAAGUGAAAAUUAAAGUAGAAGACGAACAGUUUUUAACAACUGAUAAACAAGACGUUAAACAAGCGAAGUAUUUGCAGGAGAAAUCCAAGAGCAGUUCCAGUAAGCUCAAGUCCCAAGAAUCAGACAGUAAAGCAAAGGACAGCAGUGAUAAAAAGCAUAAAAAAGAAGACCAUACUAGUCAUAAGAAAUACGAUAUGAAAAAAGAUACCAGUCAUCGUUCUAGCAAAGAGACUUCCAAAUUGAAAGUCAGUUCCUCUAGUAGUAAAGAUUACAUUAAGAUCAAAGACAAAGAUACGAGAAAGGAGCGCAAAGACGACAAGAGUAAGCACGAGAAGAAAAAAGAGACAAGAAUUAAGCUAAUUCAGGAAAUAAAUGAUGGUGAAGGAAUAGAUUGCAAUUCUGGCGCAAGCUUUGCAGAAGCACUUGGCAUGUGCUCCUUGCCCCAGCCAUCGAAAAAACGUCCGAGUACGUCCAACACACCUAUUAAAUCAAUUAAAACGGAACGGAUGUCACCACCCGUUACUAAUAGAAAGAUGCCAACUGUAAGAACUGAGCCUGAAUGUAGCGACAAUGGAAAUCCACUAUCCCUUUUAGCACCAAACGUAAAAUUAGAACCGUUGAGUGUAGAUUUGGCAUCUACAUUACCUGAAAUUAGUCCCAAUUAUAAACCACUGCCGUACAUUAAUCCUUCACAACGUAAGGAAGAGACAAAAUUUGUUGAUGAUAUCAUUUACGUCAAGAAUCAAAGAACAAAAGUAUAUUCUGGUAACAAGGUUGGUUAUACAAGUGUGCCGACAUUGUAUGAAAUGUGCAUCAGGGUAUUGAUAGAAAAUAUUGAUGCACUUGAGUUUACCGGAGGCGUACCAUAUGACAUAUUAAAACCGAUCCUAGAACGUGCCUCGUCUGAUCAGUUGUUCAUGCUGGAGCAUCAUAAUCCAUAUCUCGUAGAAGAUACUGACAUAUUAUGGCAAUAUCAUUGUAAUCGAGAGUUUAGGAAUAAAGAGAGACAGGAAACGGAGUCGUGGCGAGAGAUGUACAUGCGCUGCUUGGAUGAAAGAGAAGCGAAACUGAAAACACUCACCGCCAAUAUCAAGCAAUCUAUAGACAAAUCCGUCCCAGUGAGAUCCGCUAAACUUGCUUAUGUGGACAAUAUUGUGAAACCGCCGCGCAAUGUAUUGAAGAAACAAGCGAAGUAUGGUACAGCCAAUGCCACUCCCGCUACUGUCUCCAGUGUCAAGAAAAAACUAACUAGCGGUGGUGCAACUAACAAUGCGACGAAUAUUGCUGUACCACCACCGCCUAUGUCCCGAUUUAAACCAUCAACAUCAAGUAGCAUGAAGAAAACAAAAGCACCUCUUAUGGCAAAGGCGUUGCAGUUAAUAAAAGGUCGUUACAAACGGUAGUGGUAAUUUUACGGAUAUUACGAACAUUAAUCAUUCAAUUCCAAUAAAGUAUACAUUUGUUAUCGUUUUUUUUCUGCUAGUUAUCCAACCAUUGUAAUCUCAACACAUUCCCUGCCAUGUUGCAUGUAUAUAUCUCCAUGCUGAACUUUUCGUUCCAGUCAUAUGACAUUUUACUACAUAUAACAUAAAAUCUUUCUUCGUAUAUUGACGUUACAGUUGUAUAAUACAGUUGUACAAUACAGUUGUUACAUCGUUGAAACAUUGUUACACUUUUCUUCGUUAUGUAUAACGAAGAACAGUUAUUACAGUUAUUACAUUGUGGAGACGUUGUUACAUUUAAUAAUGAACUUGUAAUGUUUCUUGUAAAUGUUUUAUAAUAUGUUAUAAGCAAAACACCAUUGAUCUCAACAAUAUGCAUCAAUUUACUCAAUCUAAAUGGAAAGUUAUUAAAAAUUGGUUCGGCAGGGAACGUGUUACUAUGACGAUGGAUUUUGCACAUUUUUGCGUAAUAUAUAUUUCUAUCGUGUUCAAUAGGUCAGAAAAACGGUUUUCGCUUUGUUAUAGCCACAGAUGAUUGCAUGUAAAUAUAAUUACAUGUAAUUAUGCGAUUGUACAGAAAAACUUAUAGUUUCAUUCCAGUUAAAUAUAAUAAAACAUAAAUAAUACUA